AUGAUCCCCUCCAAGAUGAUGAGUUCUAAUCCCGAGGUAGACCCUUUGGACACAUUUCUCCAAUAUAUCGAGGACAUGGGGAUGAAGGCCUAUGAUGGCUUGGUUAUUCAGAAUGCAUCAGACAUUGCUCGAGAGAAUGACCGCUUGAGAAAUGAAACCAACCUGGCCUACUUGAAGGAGAAGAACGAAAAACGCCGAAGACAAGAAGAAGCAAUAAAACGCAUAGGUGGCGAAGUGGGGCGGGGCCACGAAGGCACUUACGCGGGCAAACAUUUCCGCAUGGGAUUCAUGACGAUGCCCGCUCCUCAGGACAGACUUCCCCAUCCCUGCUCCAGCGGCUUUUCCGUGAGGUCCCAGUCCCUGCACUCGGUCGGGGGCACCGAGGACGACAGCAGCUGUGGCUCCCGCAGGCAGCCGCCCCCCAAGCCCAAGCGGGACCCCAGCACCAAGCUGAGCACGUCGUCCGAGACGGUCAACAGCACGGCGCCCGGCAAGAGCGGCAAGGCCGCCGAGCGGCCCGAAGUGUCCGCCAAACCGAGACCCCACAGUGAUGAAUAUUCCAAGAAGAUCCCUCCUCCCAAACCCAAACGCAACCCGAACACUCAGCUGAGCACCUCUUUCGAUGAAACGUACAUCAAGAAGCACGGGCCGCGGAGGACGUCGCUCCCGCGCGACCCCUCCCUGUCCCAUGUCAGCAGCCCUGCGGGCGACCCCGAGGAGGAGGAGCCCGUGUACAUCGAGAUGGUGGGCAACAUCCUCAGAGACUUCAGGAAGGAGGACGACGACCAGAGCGAGGCCGUCUACGAGGAGAUGAAAUACCCCAUCUUCGACGACUUGGGCCAAGAUUCCAAAUGUGACCUUGACCAUCACAGUUGCUCUUCGCAGUGUGCUACUCCCACGGUGCCUGACUCGGACUUCGCCAAGUCCUCCGUGCCAUGUACUCCAAAGGGUUUGCUCUGUGACAUCCCCCCGCCCUUCCCCAACCUGCUCUCCCACAGACCCCCGCUGCUGGUGUUCCCCCCCGCGCCCGUGCAGUGCUCCCCCAAUUCCGACGAGUCUCCGCUCACCCCGCUAGAGGUCACCAAGCUGCCCGUGCUGGAAAACGUGUCUUACAUGAAGCAGCAGCCGGGCGCGUCGCCGUCCGCACUGCCCUCCCACGCCUCCGGCCAUCCCAAGCUGGACAAAGAGCAGGCGGCGGCCCUGGGCCCGAGCCCCGCGGCCUCCGCGGCCACCGCGCUGUCCUCGUCCCCAAUUCCUCAGCACUUCAGUUUGGGAACCACCAGUAAGAGCUACUUCAGGCAGGAGCUGGUGCUGUUGGUCAGGGAGGCAGGAGAACUCAGGCCCGUAGAGGUCCCUACCCCAGAGGGGUAUCAGCUUACUAAGAGAAAGCUGAAUGUGUUCCUCAAUGGCAUGUACACCUUAACGGUUGUCAUCAAUUUAGGAAGGGAAUCGACAGAGGAACUGAAAGUCCGAAGUCACAGCACGGAGCCAUUACCAAAGUUGGAGAGCAAAGAGAGAGGGCAUCACGGGGCAUCUUCCAGAGAGCCUAUCAAAGCUCAGGAAUGGGAUGGAACACCAGGACCGCCUGUAGUCACCAGCAGACUGGGAAGAUGCUCCGUAAGCCCCACCUUGUUAGCAGGAAACCAUAGCUCAGAAGCGAAAGUAAGCUGCAAAUUAGGCCGGUCUGCAUCCACAUCAGGUGUGCCCCCUCCAUCAGUGACGCCUCUCAGGCAAGCCAGUGACCCGCAACAGAGCCAGGUGGCAUGCAUGCAGUGGUUUCAUGGAGACCAUACAAUGCUUGAGAUGAUUGAGAAAAAGCGUUGCUUGUGCAAGGAAAUAAAAGCUAGACAGAAAACGGAAAAAGGCCUUUGCAAACAGGAUAGCAUGCCUAUCCUACCCAGCUGGAAGAAGAAUGCAGGGGCAAAGAAGUACAGCCCUCCACCCUACUCUAAGCAGCAAACGGUGUUCUGGGACACCGCCAUAUGA